UGAUUAUAUUUUCUUUAAAUACUUAUAUUGAAUUGUACUUGAAUCAAAACAAAGGUUGUUUUUGAAUUUUUCAAAAUGGUGAAGCUCAGUCUUUGUUGACAAAUAGCAGUGCGGUCCUUUGACAAAAUGAAGUAUACUAUGGCUGAUGAUGGAGAAGAAUUCAAUUUAUUUAGUGUUGGUACAGUAGUUAGUUGCAAAACAUGUUUCGGUGAAGAAAUUGAAGGCGAAGUGACUGCAUUUGAUUACCAGACUAAAAUACUUUUUUUAAAAUGCCUGAGCAAAUCGGGAAAAGCCAAUGUUCAUGACAUGCGGAUGAUCAAUUUAGAUUUUGUUGGAGAUAUAAAUAUCAAGAAAGAGGUCACAACUCCUGUUAAUGGAACUCAGUCUCUUUUGCCACUAAAUAUUGAUAAGCUUACAGGAAGAGCGAAGCAGCAUGUAACGGAGAGGAAGCGUUUAGUUAGUGCUUUAUCAUCAGGUGUUAGUAACGAAGGAGUAAAACUUUUUCUGGCUAUCACUAAAACAAUACCUGAAGUGACUUGGCAAGAUAAAAGUAUUGUUGUUACUAAUCAAGUUAUCAUCACGCCACCGUAUCGCCCCGAAAACUGUAAGUCUAUUGGUAAAGGAGAAGGAGAUGCCUUGAAUCAUGUUCGCAGAAUUGUGGAAAAAUAUCUGAAAGAUCAAGCACAAGCACAGCCUGGUCAGUCAAAACAGUCUCAAUCUAGGCCCCAUAUACAAUAGAUUAUUUAAUUUGAAAAUUAGAAACAAAAAUAUGAGAUUCUGAGUUGGCUAUUCUAGGAUAGAUACGUCUUAUUCUUCAUUUUAACGCUUUACCUUUAACAAAGAUUCAGUUCUUUAUUGCAGAUAUGUAUAUUGAAGUGGUUGACACAAAUAUAUUUAGCUGUAAUAAUUUAAUAAAAUAGCAAUUAUGUAGCUAAUUAUUUAAUUUGAUACAAUGCAAUAAUACUUUCCAUAGAUAGUUUUAAGUAGGAGUUGAAUUAUGUGGAAUUUACAAUACAAUGCAAUAAUGCUUUUAUUCAUGAUUAUAAACCUCUGCACGAAUGGUUUCUCAUAUUAUGAGGCAUUUUUUUUUCUAAGUCACUUAAUUUUGUAUAGUAAUUGUCUUAUCUUGAGUCUUAGUGUAUUGUCUAAGUCUCUAAGGAGAAAAUAUAAUCUUGUGAAAAUUGUUACAUUUUAUGUCUGUUGCAAGUACUCAUAGUAAUUGUAUUUUGUGAACUCCAUGUUGAGAUAGUUAUAUAAGCAAAUGGAAAUUUCGCGACACUUUUUUUAAAUGUACAUUAAAACCGGAACAAUUUACAUAUAUUUUUGAUCUGUUUAUCACUGUUUGUACUGAAAAUAAUUAUUUUAUAUAUUGUUAUUUAUUAAUGUUACUGAAUGAAACCUAUUCACAUACCACACAGUGUUCCAGGUUUUCAAAGAAUUGCUGCAUAAUAUCUGCAUUGUUAAGGUACUACCUUAUUGCAUGUUGCAUUUAGAUUGUAUUGACUUGUUGUUUUAGUCAUGUUGUCUAACAUAACGUUUGUAUUUUGUCUUUUUUUUUUAAAAUUUAAAAAAGAAAACUGAUGUAAGUUGUAUUUUUUUUAUGAGCCAUUAAAUUCGAAAUAUGCUUUUUUAUAUUCAAUACUUUUAUAUUCUAAACUCUUAUUCUAAUAUCCAGUCUAUUUUUUAAUUUGACAAAUUAACGUGUAAAUUUUUUUAUUAUAACGGUGCAGAUAAAUAUGAAAUUGUUUGUCAAUUUUGUAUGUUGUUUUUGUUUGCUUUUCCAAAUUUUAAAAGAACUGGUGUAAAGUUAGAAAGACUUCUUUCUGGUUUAACUUUAAAAUUCUGAAAUGAAUUUGUCGUUUCGGAUUUUAGAAUAGUAUCUUAUUUAUUAGACACUUGGUAUAAGUAUUUGUUAAAGUGAAAACAAAUGAAAUUGCAAGCAAUGUGAUUUAUAAAAUGUUAUUUUCUGAUAGGCAAUUGUAAUUCCUUUAUGACCUUCAUAAUUGGUUAUUUAUUUAAAAUGUUUUAAAUCUUAAUAAUUUGAAAUCAUUUAGUGCCUCUAGAUGUAAAACUCAGUUGUAUUAAAAAAAAAUCAUCCACUUCAAUAUACAUUUUGUAUAAUUUAAUUGCUAAUGACCUAACAGUUUUAGUUUUUUUUCUUCAAUAUUUAUAUUUCUGAAUUUACUGUUGAUGUUAAAAUUCUUGUCACCAAACUUAAUACUUUUUUUUUUAAAAACAUUUUUAUGUGUAAUUUUUUUUGGAGGAAAAAAGUUUAAUGUGUAUAUAUAUAUAUAUUUCUUUUCCAAUUCAGUUUGGUUUGUUGGCAAUAACUCUAAACUGCACUUUUAAGAAAAGUAAGAUUUUUGUUAAAAUGUUAGUUUUUUUUUGAUUUAUUAAAUUUAUGUGAUAUCUUUCAAGUGCAGAAACAUCAUCAGCAUUUUUAGAAGUCAUUCAAUAUCCUAUUAUAACUAAGAAUAGUGUUAAAAAAAUAUGGAUAAACCUAGUGCAGCUGUAACCUUUUUUUAUUCAAUUCAAAUACUAAGCCACCCUCCAUAAAAAAUGUAAUAAACUUCCCUGAAAAUA